UACUGAUAACAAUAUUGCAAAAAAUAUAAAGAGGCUGAUAAAUGAAAAAAUAAAUUGUUAUAGUCUGUGUGUUGAUGUGAUGAUAUGUACAGGACAGGGAUACCUUAGCAUGUUGCAAAAGACCGAUCAGGAGGCUCCAUUAAUUUCUAAUAUUUAUUCCACCCAUAGUAUUAUCACCAGAGAACACUCAUAUCAUUGUCCAACUGACUGAUUAAUCCAAUAAAACCUUAACCAUACCAUAACAUACGUUUUGGUGAGCCAAUUUAAAUUUCUCUAUUCUCUGUCUUUCACAGGCCUAUUUAAGUGUGCAAUAAUGCAAAUCCCCCAGUCAAGUAAUCAUGCAGUAUGUCCCUAGUGCAACUUUUCUAUUGCCACCCGUUGAUUCCUUAAUUGAGUCAUUGUUUUUGAUCUUCUGUUCUGGCUUUUGGUGCUUCCCAGUUGCCUAUUCACAAAUUCCGAGAAAAAUAAGAAUGCCAUGGCACUUCUAUUUUCAUAAUUUGAAAUAUCACGUAGGCUUAAAGAUUAACCAGGAGUCCCUCAGGUCCUACGUCAUACGAGGAAAGACUUUUAUCUUUCUGUUUCCUUCUGUGUGUGCGAUACCUAAGAAUGGCCCAUAUAACAAACGUCGCAUCUGAUAUGAUUGAUAUCUCACUGAGAGUACUAUGUUUGGUUCCCUGGUUACACCGGAGGUCUUUCUGUAUAAUCAAGUUUUGAGAUAAGUGACCACAAACCCAGAGUCUCUCUUUUACUCACUCUCACACUAACAUACUACCAAUACAUGUAACGUAGACAACAUGAAAUCCAAAUACAAUGAAAAAUUACUUUUAAAAAUCCACUGUUUUCAUAAUUUGUACUCUUCUAACACAGGGCUCAGAGAUGGUUUGUUGGCUACACUAAGGCAUGAUGCAUCUUUUAUUCAUUCCAAUACACACUGAAGCUUCUUUUGAGUUGCAUGCAUUGACUCAGUAAGGUUAUAGACAAAAGAUGUUACAUCCCAAUAUGAAAACUGAUGAAAACUUUUUUCUCAGUGCAGAAGGAAGCUCACAGACAGUCCACAAAUGAAUGAGUGUAAACACUUCCAAGGGCUCAUCUGUGUGCUAUAUAGAGGGUUCUUUCAUUUGAUGAGUCCCAAGGUCCUUUUCAUUUCAGGCCAACUCAUCUAUUGACAUUAGGGUACAGCUGAGAGAAGUAGAUGAAGGGGCAUACCAUAGCCUUUAUGUUGCCAUUUACUUUGCCCUUAAUAAAUUAUCUAUUUUGUAUUACUUUUUGGUUAUUUGAUCUGAUGUUUGUCUAUUGUUUAGGAAGCUUUAAUGUAGGCCACUUCUUAAGUGCUGACAAUAUCAUGCACACUGUAAUCUCGGUGUGUCUUAUGCUAUAGGGUACAUUAAACAGGUAGCUGUAGUUAUUUGUAUUUCAUGUUUGAUCUGGGAUUUACAACGCAUUGUUGUAUAAUGUUUGAAGGUCUCUUUGAGCUGACCUGGAAUCGCCACUGGGGUGUGUUGUUCUCAUAUCUAUGGGCUAUCCAGGUGUAGACUUGCUGUUCCCAGCGUGCACCUGGGUACCCCGUCUACGACCGUUGCGGGCACCUGGGAGUGAGGGGCAGCUGUUCCGCUGGAAUGGCUCACGGAUAGUAGAGCCUGGAACGGCCAGCCAUUUCAACAUGGGCAAGUGCGUCAGAUUAGAUAGCUGUCCGUCGAUAGUGUCAAAGCAUUAAGCGACGCCUGUUGAGGAAGUGGUGGUGGCCGAUGGCAGGGCGUCAUUCACGUGCAUCCCCCCUCUCCUUCCUCAGUGCGAGUGUAGGUUACAAUGGAAGUCAUUGGGAACAUGGGAAGAGCAAAUGCUACGUCUUUUUCAUCUCAACAUCACAGAAAUUGAGACGCAUACCUUCAGAUGGCGGUAACAAAGUAGCCUACGCGACUGCAGUUGUGUUAGUUGUUCUAUACAUUUGUUCUUUCGGAGGAGUGGGUGGGUGUCGACCUUCGCAGUUUGACAGGAAACGGGGAGAACUUUCGCUUUGUUUUCAAAACGCGAAAUUGUCCAGACGUAGGCUGUGAUGGCAAAUGAUUUGCAGUCAACUUCUUAGUCUUCGAAAUUUGGACAGUAAUCAAACGAGUAAGGAACAGACGAAACUCAUCCAGACGGUAGGCUAUCGUUUCCUUCCCUAUUCUGUCAGCACUGGGAGCUAUUUGAGGGGAUUAAGCAUCGCCUUGGCGCCGUGAGCGCAGCCAGAGCCACUGGACAUGAUGAAGGAGAGCAGAGAUAACGGCAAUGUCCGCCGAGGGUUGCUCGCAUUAGGCUAGAUUUCACAGGCGGAGGCUGUCUCGGUUGAGACAUCUGUAUUGGCGGGUAUGGCCGAGCACAGCGAUGAACAAAAUAAACGGUUGUCCACUCAUAUGAACGGAUUUAAGGCGACGGUGCCGAAUAAUAAGGAGACGCAUGACGAGCCGCGGGUGUCGAACGGGGGCUGUGAGGUGACUAAAGAGCAGCGGGAUUUAGAAGAUCAGAGCCCCGAGGCCCCAGAGCCGGUGAGAGCUGUCACGGAAUUGAAGGAUGAGGACGCAGGUAUCUCGCGGAGGAGCAGCCUCAAAAAGGAUGGCUUACGGCGCGGCCGUGACCGCAAGAAGACGGUGUCUUUUGGCGGGAUGCCGGGGUCGCGUAAGAUCAGCUCGGUGUCGGGCUGCCUGAGCCGCAUGCAGGAGGGGAGUGAGUUCCGCAAGCUCCGCCCCGGGCUCCGCCUCUACAACCGCUACUUCCUGCUGGAGGCGGAGCAACGCGCCAUCCGCUGGGAGCCGUCCAAGAAGGACGCUGGGAAGGCGCGGCUGCUGCUGACCGAAGUGCGGGAGGUGCGCACGGGCCGCAACACCGACCUGUUCCGCGGCAGCGGCGUGUCCGAGCUGGUGGCCGACGACUGCGCCUUCUCACUCGUCUACGGCAACGGCUACGACACGCUGGACCUGGUGGCCAACUCACCAGAGGUGGCCAACAUCUGGGUCACGGGCCUGCGCCACCUCAUCUCCCACGGCAACAGCGCACACGCACACCCCGCUCACACGCACGUGCACGCAGCAGCGGCGGCGACGGAGGCGGGCCGUCUGGAUCUGCAGCUCUCCUGGCUCUCCAAGGAGUUCUCUGAGCUGGUUGCCGUUGGCGACGGGACCACGGAAGGCGAGUGUGUGAGCGUGAGGGAAGCGACGGACUUGAUGGAGAAGCUGACUCGCGGGGUGAAGAGCAGCCAAAUCCAGCUGAGGCUCCGAGAGCAGCUCCGAAUCGACACGUACUCGACGCCUCCGCACACGCCGCCACACACGCCCCCACACACGGCCGCCCGCGUCUCCUUCCAACACUUCACCCAAGCCUUCCAAGACCUGAGCACACGCCCCGAGAUCUACUUCCUCCUCGUCCAGUUCUCCUCCAACAAGGACUUCCUGGAUAUCAAGGACCUGAUGCGCUUCCUGGAGACGGAACAGGGCGCGCCGCAGGUGAGCGAGGACUCCGCCCAGGUGGUGAUUGACAGGUAUGAGCCCACCCCUCUGGGCCGCGAGCUGGGCCGCCUCUCUCUGGACGGGUUCACGCGCUUCCUGGACUCGUCCGAGUGCUGCUUGUUCGACCCGCUCCACGCGCACGUGUGCGAGGACAUGACUCAGCCCCUCUCGCACUACUACAUCAGCUCGUCGCACAACACCCACGUGACGGAGGCGCAGGUGCCGGCCGUGAGCGGCAUCGGCGGGUACGAGCGGGCGAUGAGGCUCGGCUGCCGCUGCCUGGAGCUGGACGUGUGGGACGGGCCGCACGGCCGGCCGGCCGUCAGCAAGGGACACACGCACUCCGCCAUGCACACGCACACGCCGCCGCUGGCCUUCCGGGAGGUGGUGCAGGCGGUGGCGAGGAUGGCGUUCCCCGCGUCUGCGUCCGAGUAUCCCAUCAUCCUCUGCCUGGAGAACCACUGCUCCGCCGCACAGCAAAGGAUCAUGGUCCGCGAUCUGAAGGAGGCCUUUGGUGAGCGGCUGCACCGGGGGUUGCUCUGUAACAAGGACGGGUGCCUGCCCUCGCCAAACAGCCUGAGGGGGAAGGUUUUGUUGCUAGGCAGCAGACCCCUCCCAGACCCACAGCCUGGCGGCGGGGGAGGCGAGGGCGAAGAGAUUACCCAGAAGGCCUCGGGAGGCGGGGUGUCGUCGAGGCGGGUGCCACUCUGCCCGGAACUUUCGGAGCUGAUCUCGCUGUGCCACGCCGACUCGCCUCCCAACAACGAGUUCCCGUCCUCCGCCGACCCGUGCUGCGUGGUGACGUGCUUCAGGGAGGCGCUGGCCAGCCGGCACGUGGGCGACCGCAGCGCAGAGCUGGUGGAGCUGGCCAAGCGCCGGCUCCUCCGUGUGCGGCCCAGUCUGAUGCGGGUCGACUCCAGCAACCCCGACCCGCUGGGCUUCUGGAAGGCCGGGCUGCAGAUGGUGGCGCUGAACGUGCAGACGGAGGGCGCCACGCUGGACCUGCACCGCGCAUGGUUCCGGCGCAACGGCGCCUGUGGCUACGCGCUGCGCCCGGCCAUCAUGCGGCAGCAGGUGGCGUACUUCAGCGCCAACGAGCGCGGGGCGAUGCCCGGGGUGCCCCCCCAGACGCUGCACCUGCGGGUCAUCAGCGGGCGCUCCCUGCCCAAACCACGCGGGGGCGGGGCCAAGGGGGACGUGCUGGACCCUUACGUUACCGUGGCGAUCCACGGCAUCCCCGCAGACUGCGCCGAGCGACGCACACACACCGUGCCGCAGAACGGAGAGAGCCCCGUGUUUGACCAGAGCUUCCAGUUUCAGCUGAACCUACCUGAGUUGGCUCUGCUGCGCUUCGUGGUGCUGGACGAUUUCUGCAUCGGCGACGACUUCAUCGGCCAGUACGCUCUUCCUCUCGACUGCAUGCAGGCGGGAUUCCGCCACGUGCCGCUGCUCACCGCAGAGGGGGAGGAGCUUCCGCACGCGCGGCUGCUGGUUCACGUGGCGAUGACGGAGCGCAGGGGCGGGGGCAAGGCGCACAAGCGCGGCCUCUCUGUCAGGAUGGGCCGACGCAGCCGCCAUUACAUGCAGCUGCAGGAGCUGGGCCUCAGAGUGCUGGAUGACGUCUUCAAGAUGGCCAACCAGCCGCUGCGAGAAGCCACGGACCUGAGAGAGAACAUGCAGGAGUCUUUGGAGGCCUUUAAGGAGCUGUGUGGUGUUUCUGCGCUGGCUAACAUCACUCAGUGUGUGCUGACCCUAGGGUCAAGGGUCACAGGGUCAGAGGGCACGCCCCUGCUGCUGUUUGACCUUAGCAAACCUUACCCCACCAUGCACCAACAGGGGGCGCUCCCAGACGCUCUGCGCAAGAUCAUUACUAUCUACCACACGAUGAUUCAGGCAAGCAAAGCAGUGGACGAGUCCGACGGAGUCCACAGCAAGAUCCUUCAGACACAUCACAGAGCGAUGGAGUUCCACGAGCAUCUUCAGUCGUUAGCUCAGAAGGAGGGACUUAAAGGCAGGAAGCAGAACAAAGCUGUGGAGAGUUUUUCCUGGAACAUCACCAUACUGAAGGGGCAGGCUGACCUGCUGAAGCACGAGAAGACGGAGGUUCAGGAGCUUCUGAAGCAGCUCAACUGUGCAGCGCAAACAGCUAACCUUAGCCUAUGCACAAGUGCCGUCAGAGAUGUGAGAGCCAAUCAGAGCGCUUCUGAUGAAGGCUUAGAUGUGUGGUAGCCAAUCAGAGCACAGCAGCAGUAGUACCAGCAGCCAAUGUUAGCAUUAGCACAAGUACAGUCAGAGAUGUGAGAGACCAAUUAGGACACCUGCUGAUGGAGGGUAAGAUGUGUGGUAGCCAAUCAGAGCACAGCAGCAGUACCAGCAGCCAAUAUCAGUAUUAACACAAAUGCAGUCAGAGAAGAAGUAGCCAAUCAGGACCCUCUGGGGGAGACUUAGAUCUGUGGUAGCCAAUCAGAGCACAGCAGCCAACUUUAACCCAACUACAACCACAGUUAUGGUAGCAGGAGCCAAUCAGCUCCCCACUCUGACUGCCGGACGGUAGCCAAUCAUCAGCAUAAAACACACUUGAACACCGCAGGAAGAGCUGCAGCUAAAACACUUGCCGCCCCCCCCACCCCCCUUACAAACUUCCCCAGUACUUUAUAAAAAUCAAGAUACCUGGCAUGUUCCUCCCCCUUACAUUAUGAGACAUUUCCCCCCCUGGUCAGAGACGUUAGGCCCCCUGGUCAAAGGCAUUUGGCCCCUUGGACAGAGGGAAAGGGGCAGAUGUUAUAGAGACGAUGACUGGCAUGUUCCUCUCCUUAUUUUACGAGACUUUAGGCUUGCAGGGCUGGACAUAACCUGGCAAAGACUUGACCUGUCUGACCUUUCAGUCUUUCUGACUUUGACAUGUUCUGGUGAAGACACACAGUCUAGCCCACAUUCUGACAUGGUUGUGUACUGACGCAUACUGUAAUAUAUACCCUUAGUUGCUAAAGGAGUGUCCUGAAGAGAAACUGAGUGUGCAUUCGGAUCUAUGAAUGUGGGAGAAAUGUUUACAUACAUGCUCAGUCUCAGCUUUGGUUUCUAAACACACACACACCCACACACACACCCACACACACACGAGACUAUCAUAAGAGUGAGCCUGGUUCUGCAUUUCAGUUUGUAUUGGGAGAAUAUAUUUUUUAUAGAUAUUUUUAUGUUGUUACGUGGCUUAGAAAUUUAUCUGUAUAAAAUUACCAUACAAAUUAUUUGUACACCACUGUGUUGUUCAUUAAAGUAAACCAUUAUGAAGAAGCAGUGCUUGCAGACAGGCACACAAGCCGAAAGAUCAUGAUUUUAAACACGGCCGUUGCCAACCUCAUGUAAGAAAUUAUGGUCUGUGGCUCCAAGUCUAUAUUCUGGAUCAACUUUCCUGACAGUAUUGUUUGGAUGCUGUUUUUUAAAUGUAUCAAAAACUAAAUGUAAAUAAAAGAUCAUUUCUUA